AUGGUCCUUAAUCUGUACCCAUGGACGCGACAUUCGACAAGAGUGGCCCUUGAUGUUGUCCGGAACGUCCUCCGCUCCAAUUCCAAACCCAUGGCCACGCAGGACAUCUACAACCAGGCCAUACAGCAGAAGGUGGCCGACGCGGAGAGCACUACGGGGAUCCUCAAAGACAUGAGAAUUCCUCAGCCUCCCCACCCUGAGCAUCCAAUACGCUCUAUGAGAUUUCUGAAGCGGACUAUUCUUCCAGACCUUGUCAAGCUGAAAGAGGUCGAAAAGAUCCACACUUUGCGUGAGUUGUCCUCCGAAGAGGUUGAACAACGACUCGCGUCCAUGACCAAGGCGCAGCGCGCCCACGCCACGAGCAACUCGCUCACAUCCACGAUGGACACCUGGCUAUGGCAAAUCAAGGCGCACAAGCCCACGGAGAAGGAGCAGGAGGUCGAAAAGAAAGAAGUAUAUGGAAAGGAAGUCGGAGUAGGCGAGGAUUGGGAUCACCUGAACCGACGAAGGCAGCGUGCACGAGAGGGCAAGGUUGGGAGGGAUGUCAGAUGGAUGCGGACGCUGCAGCGGGCACGAGAUGGGGCCUCGUCGGAUGUUCCCACUUCUGCAUAG